UGCACUUUGACUAUGGAAGCGGAGGCUACUGAUGGAUACCUGCCAUGUGACCAUGAACUUUCGCCCGACAGGGAGCACUCCAAUAUGGCAAUUGACCUCACCUCAAGCACACCCAAUGGGCAGCAUACCUCACCAAGUCACAUGACAAGCACAAAUUCCAUAAAGCUAGAGAUGCAAAGCGAUGAUGAGGAUUCCGACAGGAAGCCCCUGAAGCGGGAAGAUGGGAUCAGAGGUCAUGAUGAAGGGAGCAGCUUAGAAGAGCCUCUCACUGGGAAUCACGAGAUGAUGGAGAGCAUAAAAAUGCAGGAGCUGUCAGGCGAGGGAGGAAUCCGGCUUCCGAAUGGUAAACUGAAAUGUGACGUCUGUGGCAUGGUUUGCAUUGGGCCCAAUGUGCUUAUGGUACAUAAAAGGAGUCACACUGGUGAGCGUCCCUUUCACUGUAACCAAUGUGGAGCUUCCUUCACACAAAAGGGGAAUCUACUGAGGCACAUCAAACUACACUCUGGGGAGAAACCGUUCAAAUGUCCCUUCUGUAGCUAUGCUUGCCGGAGGAGGGACGCCCUCACAGGACACCUCAGGACGCACUCUGUGGGUAAACCUCACAAAUGUAACUACUGUGGACGGAGUUACAAGCAGCGCAGUUCUUUGGAAGAACACAAGGAACGCUGUCACAACUAUCUCCAGAACGUCAGUAUAGAGGCUGCUGGGCAAGUCAUGAGUCACCAUGUACCUACUAUGGAAGAUGGUAAGGAGCAAGAACCUGGGAUGGACAACAAUGUUACUCUGGUGCCUUUUGAAAGACCUGCUGUUAUAGAGAAGCUGACGAUCAACAUGGGAAAGCGUAAAAGCUCCACCCCACAGAAGUUUGUGGGUGAGAAGCUCAUGAGAUUUGGUUACCCAGAUAUUCAUUUUGACACGAACUUACCCUAUGAGAGAGAUGCUGAGCUGAUGCAGACUCAUAUGAUGGACCAAGCUAUCAACAAUGCAAUCUCCUACCUUGGAGCAGAGGGACUUCACCCACUGAUGCAGCACGCGUCAAGCACCAUUGCUGAUGUGGCUCCCGUCAUAAGUUCAGCUUAUGCUCAGGUCUACAACCCUAACAGGAUAGAAAGGCCAAUGAGCAGAGAAACUACUGACAGCAAUGAGAAUAAUAUGGACGGCCCAAUCUCCCUCAUCAGACCAAAAAGUCAACCCCAGGAAAGAGAGGCUUCUCCCAGCAAUAGCUGCCUGGAUUCCUCUGACUCGGAGAGUAGCCACGAAGACCACCACUCCUUCCAAGGAAACUCUGCCUUAAAUCCCAAAAGGAAGCAAAGCCCAGCUUACAUGAAGGACGAUUCCAAGGCUUUGGAUGUCACUAAAGCAUCUAAGGGCUCUUUAAAGGACAUCUACAAGGUCUUCAAUGGAGAAGGAGAGCAGAUAAGGGCCUAUAAGUGUGAGCACUGUCGUGUUCUUUUCUUAGACCAUGUCAUGUACACCAUUCAUAUGGGGUGUCAUGGCUACAGGGACCCAUUAGAAUGCAACAUAUGUGGCUAUCGGAGUCAGGACCGCUAUGAAUUCUCCUCACACAUUGUUCGAGGAGAACACACGUUCCAUUAG